ACUUCUUCGAUUUCCAUGCAAAAUGCACAAGCGCUCCAAGAAACCCGUGUGGCUGCUCUUCAAGUUGCUGGAGACUAUACUGAGUUCGAUAUGCUGCUAUGUGCACAUUAAAUGCUUUGAAUCGGACGGAGUUCCGGAUAUCUUUAUACUCUGUGCCACCUAUGGAAGCGGCUGUGUCAUCGGCAUCCUCGGUAUUCUGUGUUCGUUUUUCACCUUGAAGCUCAACCUGACAACUGAGGCGAUAACCAGCGGCGUGUUGGGUUCGCUGCAUCUGUUUACAGUCUAUGCACACAUGUAUCUGGCGGAGCAUGACAAGCUGUUGGCCUUCUUCAAGGAUCACGAGAAGGACUCGUAUGGCUUUCUAUGCUGUUGCCAAACAAAUGCCACGUUGUCUCUAUAUGCGGUGGCCGUUUACUACUUGCAUUGCAACUUUGCAUUGGACAUGCUACUGACCCAUUCACCCACAAAGGCCGAUAUUGUCAAGCAUCCACUUAAAUUGUACUUUAUAAGCAAGGGUGUCGAGCAUUAUCUUCGCCGCUUUCGCUGGUUUCAAUAUCUCUCUGUUGGCGUUGUAAUGGGAUCCACCAAGCGGCAGUCAUUUUUCGGAUAAUAUUAUUCGCAGCGAGAGAAGUACGAUUUUAACUGCACUUUUUGAAUUUUGGCGCUUUCGAUAACAAUUAUAUAUGCAAAUCAGCUGUAGGAGAUGACAGCCCUGUCUGAGUGCGCGCCUAAAUUUACAGCUGUUUUGAAACCUUU